AAGGGCAAAAAGGCGUAAGAUGGGUGGACAAAGGCAACAAAGGCAAGCCAACAAUAAUGAUUUCAAUCACAAUCCAAGAACUAUCUAUCAGUAUCACCAUCCUCCAUCCCUCCUUUCCUUCUCCCGCUCUUGUGUUCACUUCAUUCCAUGUCUUUUCUCUCUUAACCCAAUCCCACAAUAAAACAAAAAAUGCUAGAUCCGGCCUCCGAUUUGAUACCUCCACCCUCCUCCCCCACCAUCUCCUCCGUUUCCUCCUCCGAUCUUGACACUGAGUCGACAGGUUCCUUUUUCCAUGAUAGAAGCACCACAUUGGGUACUUUAAUGGGAGUGAGUUUCCCAGCCAUUACUUUUCGAGCUCCCUCCCAGCACCGCCACGAGACGCAACCCACAAACGCUGGGUCGUUGUCUUCGACGGGGUCGAAACCCAAGAAGCGGAGGGCGCUGACGUCGGUCGCGUUCGGGGCGGAGCGACUGGGACGGCGGCGGAGGAGGUGGUGGCAGCUAUGCAGGGACGACGACGCCAAGCCGUCUUCUCUCGGAGAGUUUCUAGAGGUGGAGAGGAGGUUUGGGGACGGGGCGUUUUACGGUGCGGCGGCGGAGCUUGAGGGGGUGAUGGGGACGCCGCAGGAUGAGCAUCAGGAGGCGAGGAAUGGACGGAUUUUGUUCGCUGAUGGGAGGGUGUUGCCUCCUCCUCCUCCUUCGGGUGAUGAUGAUGAUGAAGGGACAUCAACGGCUGGGCUUCUUUGUAGAUUCCCGGUGUCGCUCACUGGGAUCUGUAGCGGUGGAGUUGGAUAAAGUGUACUUUCACUCUUCCUUUCCUCGCCCUUCAAUUUUUUUUAUUUUAAAAAAAUUGUUUUUGUAUUGUACAAAUGAAAUCGAAUCCAUGCCUUUGUCCAUUAGUAAUUUAAAUUGAUCUGCUAAAAAAAGCAUUAAUUUGGCA